GUAGAUUCAUGUUCAGUGCUGUUUGGUAAGAAAACGAUUUUAUUCUGAAGUGUCUUAAACCACAACAACAAUGAAGACCAUUCAGCUUCAGCUCUGUGUGUUAAUCUGUUGUCAGUAUGGAGUUGCAGAUCUAAUAACUGAUCUGGGAUCAAAUGUGACCAUAAACUGUGAUCUUGAUGAAGAUGAGGUUUAUUGGAUUUUACUGAAAACAGCAGAUCCUCCAACAGUCAUCCUACGAUCGUUCUCAGAACCAAUACCACCAUUUUACACAAAUGAUACAUUUAGAAAGAAAUAUUCAGUGCAGUUUAAACGUUGUCUGGUUAUUAAUAAUAUAACUGCUGAUGAAUUAGGAGUUUAUUACUGUAUGAACACACGAACACCUCCAAAACUCAGCAACAGCACCAGAAUAUACUUCAACGAAGCAGGUCAACUACACGAGUGUCACAAUCAUACAGCGGUGGAGUUUAUUGAUCAAAAUCAAACACAAUGGCAGAUUAUUGUUAUCAUCAUAUCUGCUCUGAUGAACGGACUUCUGCUCAUUGGACUAUUACAUGUUUUUGUUGGAAACAGAAGAUCUUUAAAUCAAUCACAACUCAACCCUGAUCUACAACAUCAGGAACAUCUGCACUUAAAAAACUGUGAAUCCAGUCUUAUUACUAAAAUUAAUUUCUGUCUUGAUAAUUAUUAAGAAUUCUUGCUGAUCUGUAGAAAAGGUUUCUAUAACACUUUGUUUUGAUUGAGCAUGCCACGGUGGACUUUUCCAAACUGCAUAGAAAUAUUUGGUCGAGCGAAAGUCAACAGAACCUGCUCUGAACCUGCUCUGAACCUGCUUUG